GAUUGACAGGACCCCGGGCCGGGCGCAGAGGGGAGCCCGGAGUACUGACCGACCGCCCGCCCGCCCCGUCCGUCCGUCCGUCCGUCCGUCCCGCAGCCUCUGUCCCGCAAACUUUGUGUCGGCCCCGGCGGCCGGGGCGGGGGAGGCGAGGGGUCGGAGCUCGGGGGCGGCCCGGCCCCGCUCCCCCCUCCUCCCCCCACCCGAUGCUCAGUCGCCGAACUCGCACCCGGACCCGCCGCAGGACUCGAACUCGGCCCCGGAGCCGCAGGGGGCCCCGCUGAGGAGCGGCCAUGGGGAGCUGCGUGGGGAGGCAGCGCCGGGACAGGCCGGCCGCCCCGGGACACCCCCGAAAGCGAGCAGGCCGCAACGAGCCCCUGAAGAAGGAGCGGCCCAAGUGGAAGAGCGACUACCCCAUGACUGGCGGGCAACUGCGCAGCAAGCGGGAUGAGUUCUGGGACACCGCGCCCGCCUUCGAGGGCCGCAAGGAGAUCUGGGAUGCUCUGAAGGCCGCUGCCUACGCCGUGGAGGCCAACGACCAUGAACUGGCCCAGGCCAUCCUGGAUGGGGCCAGCAUCACUCUGCCCCACGGCUCCCUGAGCGAGUGCUACGACGAGCUGGGGAACCGCUACCAGCUGCCCGUAUACUGCCUCGCCCCACCCGUCAACCUGCUCCUCGAGCGCGGCAGCGGCGGCGAAGGCGACGAGGACGGCGGGGAGCCCCCCGAGCCCGCCCCCGGCACCAGGCGAGAGUUCCCCCUCAAGGUGCGCCUGUCCACAGGCAAGGACCUCCGGCUGGACGCCAGCCUGGCCGACCCUGUCGGGCAGCUGAAGCGGCAGCUGCACGCGCGGGAGGGCAUCGAGCCGGCCUGGCAGCGCUGGUUCUUCUCGGGGAAGCUGCUGACCGACCGCACUCGGCUCCAGGACACCAAGAUCCAGAAGGACUUCGUCAUCCAGGUCAUCGUCAACCAGCCACCGCCGCCCCACGACUGAGGCGCCCCACCUUCCGGGGAGAAGAGGAGCGGGGGCCCCCACCCGGGAAGAUCCCUGGGAUCUCCCGGUCAGCCUCGACCCCGUCCAUCCCCCCGGCUCUGGGUGCUGACGGCCUCCCGGGGGGCUGGAGGUGUGGGGGACAACAGGACAGGGACACUAUUCCAGAUGGAGCUGGAUCUCCUGGCCAGGGGUUCCACGGGGCAGCGCUGCCAGCUGCCGGGCCCAGGGUGGGGUCUUUGCCGGUUUCCGGUUCUGCUGAAGCCGGCUGACCUUUCCCCUUUGGAUACCGCCAGCCCGGAUGCCCGUUAAGGGCUGUCGUGCACUCUGCUUCGAGGCUCGGUGGACCCCAGAUCUAUUAGCCCAGCAGCAGCUACAGUAGCCGGUUUCCCGUCAGGGUCCGGAACAAGCCGCCUUCACUGCCCGCAGUCACCCCGAGCCCCCGGCGGAGGGCCACGGGGACCAGGUGGGGGGACCGGGGAGGGCCUCCCCCUGGCGCCCGGCCCUUGGGCGCGGAGCGGGGCCGGGAGUGGUGCAGGGGGCUGGCUGGGGCGUUCCGGCAGGCUCCUGGAAAAACGCCUCUUCCCCUGCCCAGGGGCACGCUGGUGGGGGCCCCUUGGCCCCGUCGGGCCUCUUCCACGGUGGGGCCCUGGGCCCCAGAUCUUUGCCUAUUUAUCAAUAAAGCCUUUUGUUUCUCUGC